AUGUCAUCCAAUCAAACAUCUACUAAUGAUGUAUUGUCUACUCUUAAAGAAAGUAGAAAGUUAGCUCUACGUGAACCUCAAAAUUAUCCUGAUAUAUUACGAUUUAUGUUUUCCAUGAUCACCAAAGACCCACAAGCACAACAACAAACAUCAGAAGUUCAACAAUUGAUUGUUGAUUUUAUGUAUGAAACAUUUAUAAAUAAUUCUAUAUUACAACAAAAUACCCAAAUCGAUUUAGCGAUUAAUUCUUUGGAUGCAUUAACAAUCUUGACCAAUGUUCAUGAUAUUGCCACUUUACGUAAAAUCAUUGAUAUAUCAUGUGUCAUAUAUCGAUUAGUUUUCCAGUAUGUGGCUCUUAAUGCUAAUAGUAAUCAAAUUUGGAGUAAACUUACUGAAUUGAAAAAUUCAUUGGUUAAUAAAUUUCAAAGUAAUUUCCCCUUAUCACCAAGUGAUAAUAUUGAACAUGAUUUAUUAAGAAAUAUAGCUACAAAAUUAGAUUUAUUAAAAUUUAUGAUGACAAUUAUUGAUAUUUCAUCGAAAACUCGUAUAAUUGGUGAACCAUUACAAAAUCCUAAUUCCUUACAAUUUUCAUUAAACAAUGUCCCACCAAAUCAUAGUUUAAUUAAAUAUGAUCAAAUGGAAUAUGAAUCAGAAGCCAUUUUUAAAUCCAUGGUAUUAAGAGUUUUCAAUUAUGAUAUUAUUAUUGCUCCUUUAAUAACUGCCACUUUGAAUCAUUGUAUACUUAUAAUGAAAAGGAAGCCUCAAUUUGUCCCCUUAUUAUUGAAAACAAUUGAAAAAUAUGAUACCAAUAAUAAACUUCAAUCCAAUUAUCAAUCAUUAGAACAAUUUAAAUUAGCAAGAAAAUACGUUGAUAGAAAUUUACGUAAUUUCAUAAGUCAUUGUCAAAAAAAUAAAUUAAUACCUCCAGAAUUUAAUACAUCAUUAGUAAGAAUGGCCACUGCUUUAACUGAUCGUGGAAAUAACAUUAGAAGGAAAAAUAUAUUUGCAAUUAAUGAACCAAAUAUUAGAAAAAGAAAAUUUGAAGGGUUUUAUAAUCCUUCAAAGAAAAUGAAACAAAUGAGUUAUAGUCAUUUAUAUACUUUAAAUGAUAUAAAUGAUGAACUAAACAAUUUUGAUUUGAGUACUUUACCACAAAAUUAUAUAUCAAAUAUGGUGGUUAAUGCUUUACAACGUGCUCCAGUUCCUAAAUUAGUAAAGGCAUUAGAAAUUAUUUCAGAAAGGUAUACUGAUGCUUUCCAAAAACCAAGACCAAUUGCUACUCCUAUUAGUCAGAAUAAUAAUAACAAUAAUAAUAACUCUGUGACUGUUGCAACUCCAACGGUAAAACAAGGGGAUCCAGAAGUCAAUGAUGAAGAUGAAGAGGAUGAACGAUAUGAAGUUGAUCUUAAUGGAGAUUUCUAUGAUCCACUGAAAGUUUUCAGUUUACCACCUCCUAAAGAAUUAUCAUUCCAAGAGAAGAAGCAGCAUAUUAGUAUUAUUAUUAAUAAUUUUUUGAAUUUGGCAAGAAAAGGUGGUCCAGAAGUUAAUAAUAACAAUAAUGGAGAAGAUGAAUUAGAAUUAAGUGCUGAUGAUAGAAGUGAUAUUAGUAAAGCAUUAACAAGAGCAGCCAUUAAAGGUUGGAAAAAAGGUAAUUGGUUAUUAUUAUUAUCCCGAUUAGCCACCAGAGGAAUGAGAACUAAACAAAAAAGUACCAAUAAUACUGUAAAACAGGAAGGAGAAACAGAAGGUGAAGACAUAAAAAUGUCACCAGAUCAAAAAAAUAAUCAACAAUUGAGUGAUAUGAUAAGAUCAGCUAUACUUGAAUAUUUUCUGGAAAAUGUCCAUGGUAGAAUCGAUAUGGUUAUAGAAUGGCUUAAUGAAGAAUGGUAUAGUGAACGAGUUUUCCAACAGAAUGAAUAUCUUAAUGAAGGUAAAAACCCCGAUAAAGAAAUCAUUACAACACCAAUAUAUGAUAUAUGGAGUAAGAAAGUUGUUGAUGCUACUGUAUCAUAUAUUGAACCAAAUGAUAAAAAAAUAUUCCUUCGAUUAUUGAGUGAUUUACCCGAAUUAAAUGAAGAUUUAAUUGGAAGAAUUAAAUCAUUAUGUAUUGAUCCAGGGAGAUCAGCAAUUGGAUUUUUAGCUUUACAAUUUUUGAUUAUGUAUAGACCUCCCGUGAAACAAAUGUGUAUUAAAGUUUUACAAGAAUUAAGUGAGAGUGAUCAAGAAGAUAUUAGUACUGAAGCUAAAAAGAGGUUAGACAAAUUUAAAUAA